AUGAAACGACACAACAAGACUGAAAAUCAAACAUUAAGAUCGAAUUAAAAUCAUCAGAUUGAAAGCUAAACUGAGAAACUAAAAACAGUAUUGAUUACAAAACAACAAAAAUCUAAUUUAUAAAAAUUGUUUUGUCAAUAUGAUGAGGAAGGCCUACAAGAUCUUUUGAGAUUCAAACACCAACUGGCGAAGAAAAUAAUUAAAUAAUGGAAGCCUUGA